GUAGGCUAGCAGCUUACGAUUCAGUUAGCAACAUGAAGUGGUACUAUCUAAUACUGAUGCUUAUAACAGUCAGCUGUAAAGAGAAUGAUAUAUGUCCAACCUGGUUUCAUCUAUCUCCUAACUCGUCUGAUUGUGAAUGUGGGAGCAGUCUCAAAGGAGCAAUUGAAUGUAACAACGCCACAAAAGAGCAGACUGGAGUUGGCUCAUAGGAUGUGGCUCUCACUCUUUCAUCGGUCACCAAACAAUGGAGUCUCAUUCAGCGACAUACCACACAGACUGGAGGACUCUAAUGCUUAUCAAACACUUCAAUAGCCCAUACUUUAAUGUUGUUACUGUUUUUUCUUAUGGGACAACUGUAAAAUAGCAACUGUGUGCUAGUAAGUUUUGAGCUCUUUCUUGUGGAAUGAUUUCGAA